AUGUCAUCUCCUUCCGCUAAAUUGGAAAAGACAAUUAACAGAUUCAAGGCAAGAAUCGAUGCUGGCUCCUAUUAUGAGGCCCAGCAGACAAUUCGUACCAUUGUGAAUCGAUACAUCAGGGCCAAAGAUCACGAUGCCGCCUCCGAGUUGUUGUACCAUAGCUCUUUGAUCUUUUCUGAGAACGGACGGUUUGAUGAAGGAACCGACCUUUUGAACUACCUGUUAGACGUCUACCUAUUACAAGAAGACGAUAUUUCAAGCUAUAAAGAAAUCCAACUCCCAAGAAUUAUUCAAAUCUUAGCGUCCUAUCCUGAUAAUGAUUCAAACAUACCAACGCUGGGUGAAAAGUUGACCUCAUUUGCAAACAAGAAAACUGGAAGUACUCUGGGAGACUCCAAGCUUAACUUGAUUAUCGGUGAAAAACUAUACUAUAGUGGCAAUCCUGAUUCGGUUUCAAAUUCAGAGAAAUAUCUACUCUUAACCGACUCUGACAAGGCAAACGAACUCCUUGUUGAUUUGUGUUUGCAAGAAUAUCUGGAUCAAGAAAACAACUCGCAUAACUUGCACGAAUAUUUGGAAAGACUUAUUAUUCCUUACUUGAAAAUAAACAACAUUAAACUAGUCAAACAUACCGUCGAAGAAUUCUUCACGAAGAGAGUUUCUUCCUUGAAAGACGAUUACAAGAAUUUCCAAACUGUUACCUUUGAAGGAGAUACUUUUUUUCUCUACGACGUUUCAUCAUCCGACGAUUCAAAUUUGACCGCCAGCAAGAGGAUCAUUAACUACUUACAACUACUGAUUGCACUAAUCCAAAGAAAUCAUCCUUCAAAUGCUCAAAACUUCAAACUGUUGUUCGGCAGAUACAAAGAAGACAUAAGCCAAGCAGACAUAACUGCCAAGAUCAAUGAACUGGGCCAAGCAGUGUUCAAUGUCGCAGUUGUUGCCAACAACGGAAACUUCCUUCAAGAUAUGAUGUCUGGGCUGUUGGGAGGAGGACCUAAAUAA